AUGGACUACGGUUGUGCUCGGCAUGGAGGGAGAGAUCCCGCAUCUCGCUGCACCCCGAGGUCCUGGAGAACCCGCACCGGGGGUCUCUGCAAGCACCAGAUACCGGCCACCGCCCCCCCUCCCCUGCAUCCCACAGCCCCCGCGGGGAAGGAUAAGGAUGCUCCUGCCGCGGCAGGGAUGCAGCGAGCGGCGAUACCCGCGCGGGGACGCCGGAGCUCGCCGGGAGCUCAGCGGGAACUCACCAGGAGCUCAGUGGGCACCCACAGGGGCCCCUCGGCGAGGUGUCCCGGAGGCGGGGGGGGUGGUGUCCGUGGGGAGGGGACCGCCCGCUCCCACCGCCCGCACUCACCGCUCCCGCUCCCGCCGCCGAGUCCCGCGGCCGCCGCCUCCGGCAGCACCGCCACCGCGCAUGCGCGCCCCGCCCCGGGGUGGCCCCGCGGAGUGAGCCCAGCUGAGCUCAGCCCGGCCAAGCUCAGUCCAGCCAAGCUCAGCCCAGUGGAGCUGAGCCCGGCCAAGCGCAGUCCGGCCAAGUGCAGCCCGGCCAAGUGCAGCCCGGCCAAGCUGAGCCCGGCCAAGCUGAGCCCGGCCAAGCUCAGCCCAGCGGAGCUCAGCCCGGCCAAGCUCAGCCCAGCCAAGCGCAGCCCAGCCGAGCUGAGCCCGGCCAAACGCAGUCCAGCCAAGCUGAGCCCGGCCAAGCUGAGCCCGGCCAAGCUCAGCCCAGCCAAGCUCAGCCCAGCGGAGCUCAGCCUGACCAAGCGCAGCCCAGCCCGGGCUGGAGAAAGUGCGGCUCAAACUGAUGGGAGAGCCUGCAGCCCGUCACCCCCACUGGUGGCUGCGGAAGGGAACUAA